AUGGACAUCAUCAGCGAUACGGGACUCCCGCCCACAUCUAACAAGGCCUCUCAGCACUCCUCAGCCGCCCUCAUCGAAGCUUCGAUCAAACUCGUUGUCAAAAUGAAGUUCCUUUCCACCCUCAUUAUCCUUAUCUCUGCUACCGCCAUUGCCCUGGCGUCUCCUAUCGAAAUCCUAGAUGUCGCCGCUCGUAGCCCAGAGGCCGCUCCAAGUCCUCAGUGUCCCAGAAAGAACUGUCAUUGA